AUGACUACUAUCGGGAUUUCAUCAAGUCAAAAUGGUUCCAAUAAUGUGGUACCACCCGUGGCCAUACCGUUGCAUAAUACUAUUAUCCCACAUGGGGAAAAGUCGAAAAAAUUUGCAGGAGUAGAUUUCAAGAGGUGGCAACAAAAAAUAUUGUUUUAUCUCACCACCCUUAAUUUGGUUAAAUUUCUAAAGGAAACUUCACCAACUACAAAGUACAAGACCGAGGAUGCCGGAACAAAGAAGUUCACUGUUGGCAAAUUUUUGGACUACAAGAUGGUGGAUUCCAAAAUCGUAAUUAGUCAGGUGCAAGAGAUUCAAGUCUUGUUACACGACAUCCAUGCUGAGAAACUGGAAUUGAGUGAAUCAUUCCAAGCUCCUAAUUAUGCACCACGAAGAGACAAUUCCAAGAAGGCUAAGAAAUUCAAAGGGAAUUGUUACAACUAUGGCAAGGCUGGACAUCAUUUAAGUGAAUGUCGAAAGCCAAAGAAGAAUGCUCAAGCCCACAUGGUCGCAAAUAAUACUCUAUCUGAUGGACUGCAAGAAAUGAGUUUAUCUGCAGUAGUGUCCGAAUGCAACAUGAUUGAAAAUACUAGAGAAUGGUGGAUUGACACCGGCGCUACCCGCCAUGAAAAUACGAGUUCUAACAAGAGAACAUAUGAAACUACCGAUGGAACUUCAAAUGAGGAAGAACUAAGGCGUAGUAAAAGGGCUAGGACUUCCAAGAAAUUUGGCCCAAAUUUUCUAACCUAUAUGGUAGAGGAUGAUCCAAAAACUUUCAAUGAAGCAAUGUCUACACCGGAAGCACCGCAUUAG